CAAGUGCCAAAAUAUAUCAGCAAAUGCUGUCAGAUAAUAGAAACAAAUAGAGCAAUGCUCGGAAUGGAACCAGCCAGGAGUGAUGAGCGGUGGGUGGCGAAAAAAUUGACGAAGACGCCAGAGAACAAAUACGAAUUCAUCAGCCUGUAAAUGUUUAGAGACCUACUGCAUCGGAAUACUCAGCCCCCGCACCCGCACCCGCGACCGCAUCCGCAUACUAGCAGGGACAGAGAGUCGGACAAAAAGCACAAAAACUGCGAUAAGCCAAAUAAAACGCACAGCGAGUACCUCCGGGAGCUGCUAUCAGUGAAAUACUCAAAUACACUAUGAGCUGGCUGCGCCAGGGUAGCAGUGGGGGCGUUGCCUCCGCCGGACACUCCGGCAACAUCCGCCAGCGACCCAUCGAUGCUGCCACGGACUGCGAUCCGCGCGCCUGCUACGACAGCUUCUGCAAGCACUGGCAGCAGGCUCAUGAGAUCAUCCAGCACAGUGCUCCGCCCUCGCACGACGACGUCCUGGGCGUGGUCUCCCAUCUGGACUAUAUGGUUACGCUGCUGCUCGUCGAGCUCCAUCAUUGCAACAAAGUCGCCUUGCCGACCACGGAGGCCAGUGGCCCGCCAGCGGCACCCUGCCUGGAGUACUUGCUCAGCGAGAAUCUGCUGGACAAGCUCUACGAGUGGUCCUGCGCCACCGGCCGCUAUGCGAACGCUGUGCGGCUGGAGCAAUUGAAGCUGUACGAGCUGCUGGUGAGCCACUCGCGCCACCAGCUACUCUGCCACGAACCCUUUCUACGGCCGCUGCUCAAGAUCCUGGCGUCCAGCCAGGGUGAAAUUCCCCCCGACUUGGAGAAGCGCCUGGUCAUCCUGCUGAACCAGCUGUGCGUGGUUCUCAUGCAGAAUGUUCACCUGCUGGACCUGUUCUUCUUUUCCGCCCAGACCCAGGUGCAGGAGCAGAUUCAAAACGGCAGUGUGCCGCCUCCCAAAAGUGGAACCACAACCAACUUCAUAAUCUUCUCGCUCCUGAUCCCCUAUGUUCAUCGGGAGGGCAGUCUGGGACACCAAGCACGCGACGCCCUGCUCCUGUGCAUGGCGCUCUCCCAGAAGAACUCCAACAUCGGCACCUACAUAGCCCAGUACUCAUCGAUAUGCCCGCUGCUUGUCACCGGGCUGGGUGGCCUCUACUCCCGCCUGCCCAACAGCAUCGAGAUUAGCGCCAUCGACUGGCACAGGAUUACGCCGGACGAUGUCACCGAGAUCCCUGAGCUGACACUCUUUAUGAAUGCCCUCGAGUUCUGCAAUGCCGUGGUGCAGGUGGCCCACGAGAUGAUCAAACAGCAGCUGCUAGACUUUAUGUACCAGGGCUUCAUAGUGCCCGUUCUGGGUCCAGCAAUCCUGCAGACACUGAAGGGCAAACAUUUUCAGACGAACAUCGACUCGCAAAUCUCGGCCAUGUCCUACCUGGAUCUGAUCCUGCGCUCCAUCACCGAACCGGGCCUGCUGCGGGCCUUCGUCCGUUUCCUGCUGGACAACGAGAAGUUCGACGGAGAGCGGAUACUGGACGCCCUGGUGGAGCGACUCAACUCACCAGACGCCAAUCUCUGCAUGGUAACCCUGGCCCUGUUCGACACCCUGCUGGGAUUGCACUGCGAGGACCUGAUGCUGGAACUGCUGCUGAAGUUCAUGCUGCCGGGCAAGCACGUGCCCCUCUCGCAUCGCCACAAGAUCAACAAGAUCGAUCCCUAUCUGAGCAGCAGCGAGUUCUUCCUGGAGCUAUCGCCGGACGUGAUGAAGCGAGCCAGGGAUCUGGCCAAGCCGAAGGCCAUCCAAGAGCACCCGGUGGUGGGCGACAUCCCCUCGCCCGUAAUGAGCAAGACUAUUGGCGCCAACUGGAACUACUACGGAGUGCACACUGGGGAUAGCUUGUAUGCCAACAUUCAGGCGUACUUGUUCGAGGCCCACUGGAGGAUAGCCCAAUGCCAGAAGGACUGCCUCAAGUGGGCGAAUAGCUAUCGCUAUCAGAAGUGGCCUCGGCACGGCCAGGGGCGUGUCCAAGCCCAUGCCCUCGACCUGGCCAGGCAGUUCUUCAGCGAGUAUGGAGGCAGUGGCCCGGUUGUGGCCAGUGGGGAGACGGGGGAGAAGCAAUUGGACAGCUUGCAGUCCAUUGGCGAGUCCAGCGGCUAUGAGUCGUUCAAGUGGCGGCCGGCAGACGAGGAGAGCGAAGCCACAGAGACUACUCUGGCCACGACGGCCAGCGAGGUGGAGCUGGAGCACAACAGCAGCAGCAUCAGCAGCGGGCUGGCUGCCUCUGGAAGGCGGGAGCCGUGGCGCAUUUCGCACAACAAUCGCAAUGAGUUGGUGUUGACGGAUCUGGACUUCUCGGAGGAUCUCUUCGCUCAGGGCACCGUGAGCUUAGGUCCCUUUCUCAACGCCAUCUGGGGCAAGCUGCAGACCUUCACCAGCAACUCAUUGUACGUCAACCUUCACCUGACCGGCCUUAUUACCCGACUAGCCUGGUACCCCCUACCCCUGAUCCACUCGCUGCUGCUUCGCUCCGACAUCGUCAUCACCUCGGACACCCCGUCCUUCCACCAGGUGUUGCGCAUUCUCAAGCAGCAGAUCGAUGCCGAGCUGCCGGUGACUGAAGACUCCCUGGAGAUCAUCGAUGUGGCGCGUUCCUCGCUCAUCGACAGGGAGUUCCGCUUAGUGAACACCCGGAAGGGCAACGAGGGCUCCCCAUCGCACCACAAUCUGCAGCAACAACAGGCUUUGAAUCCCGCCCAGCAGCAGGGACAACAGCGAUCGGCCUACGCCACCCUUUCGGCCGCCACUCCUGUCCAGGCCACGCCCACCAGUGCCUAUGAUCCGUUCAGGCGCAGCGACAACACGCGGAGCAUCAGCAAGUCAAUCACCAGCAUGUUCAGCAGAAAAUCUGCCCCCACAGCCGCCGCCUCGGCAGCGCCAGCCAAUGGAUCUUCCGGAGCUGCCUCGACGCUGGUGGGAAGCAAUUCGAGCUCAGAGAGCCGGGGAUUCGCUCCGGGACAGCAGUCGGCGGGGACGUGUGAGACCAGCUUAAGUACGCAGCCGCCACGACCCACCACGAUCGCUUCCGGAAGCAGCAGCAAUAGCAGCAUGGGUGGAUCCUCCCAAACGCUCUCCGCCCACUCCAAUGCCACCACCACCCACUCGUCGAGCACCUUGCACGGCCUGGACGGUGGCCCGCCCAGUUUCAGUUCGGAGCCGGUGUCCCUCGACUCGGUUGCCUCGAUGGGCAUCAUUGCCAGCACAAGUGGCACAGAGAGAUCCCGAGACCUGGCACUGUGCGCUGUCCUGCUGGACGAGUGGCUCAAGGAGCUGGCGGCCAUCGCCCAGGAGCAGAGUGUCGUGCUGGUCACCGAACAGACGCUUUGACACAAUAGCUGUGGAGAUGACAUCAUGUGUAUACCUUAUUUACGGAUUUGUUGGCUUUUGUUUCUUUUAUCCAAAUAUUCUAACGAAAUUAUUUCAUUUUACUUGUUAAAUUAUCGAUAUUUAUAUUUUUAAAAAGCAAUUUUUAACGAACAAUGCAUAAGUUUUGAACAGAUUAACAUUUAAAGAAGCACACGGACUCCAAACAAAAGGAGAAGGAUAUAACUCAACAUAUGUUUUAGUUUUAAAGUGUAAAGAUUAGGACAAAGUGGAAUUUAAGUGUUCAGAUGUAAACAAUUAUUCUAAUUAUGACUAGCUUGUAGGAGACACAUACCAUGUAUACAUUUGUAUUUUUGCAAUAUAUUUUAUGCUCUUAUGUACAUAUGCAAGAUCAAAGUAACCCAACCCCAUGUUUUGUAAAGCCAACUUGAAAGUAUUAAAUUGGUCCAAGUAAUUGCACAGACAA